UUUGAAUCGACGAAAAAGGAAGUUAAACAAGUGAAAGUAGAAUUGGAAUCGACGAGAAAUGAACUGAAACAAGUGAAAGUAGAAUUGGAAUCGACGAGAAAUGAACUUAAACAAGUGAAAGUAGAAUUGGAUACGACGAAAGAGCAAAUUGAUAUACUUCGUAAAGAAAUGAUAGAAAAAGACAGUGCCUGCAGGAAAGAAAUAAAUCAAAUUAGACCAGACGUAAAUGCAUUACGCGAAGAACUAAAUAAGAUUAAAACAGAAAACAAAGAACACAACGGCAUAUCGUUCUCUGCGAGACUUGGAACCUCUAUGAAGGAUAUUGAUCCUUGGAAUACGGUUGUAUUUGAUAAAGUGAUUUCUAACGAUGGUAAUUCUUAUAACGCCGCUACUGGUAUUUUUACGGCCCCAAUGGCAGGAACAUACUACUUCACCGCUACAAUAUUUACAAGAUGGAAAUCACAAUUGGAAAUGUCACUAAAAGUGAAUGAACAGAAUCAAAUGUGGAUGUAUCCGGUUGCUGCAACUACAACAGGAAAUACUGGAACAAACAGCAUCAUUGUGAAACUAAAAAAGGAGGAUAAAGUUAGACUCGUCAAGAAUGGUGACUGGGGAACGCGUCCGUUCUACAUCCAUCACAGUUGGAGCACAUUCUCUGGUUUCUUACUUUAGGCGAUUAACAAAAUACAUAAGUCUUUAUAUUUAUGAAGCAUUUUUGCAGACAAAAGUAUUCAAUUGAAUUAUAACGUAAUAUCUUAAAAUAAUAUACUUUAAAUUUAAACAACUGCUCGUGUCAUUUUCCUUAAUAUAAAUCGGUGGAAGUCAUAUCUUAAAUAACUAAAUAUGACGUAGACUGAUAAACGUUCGAUAAUUUUAAAAUGAAUAUAUCUUUUCAUCAUAUGCGAAGCAUUUAUGUCUUUUGAUUUAACAACUAAAUUUUGGUACUUUUAUCAUGGCACUGUGGAAGGUAAGAUCGAAUUGGCGAUGAUAAAAAUACAGAGGAGGUGCUAAAAUCAUUCUGAACUAGGGAACUUGAAAUUGGUAUGUCAGAAAUGCAUUUCAACAAAUAUUAGUUAAUGAUAUAAAUAGCAAAUAUUUGAAUUGUCAAAUUGUCAUUUCACAUGAAUGGAACGUAAAAUCAUAAUCCAUUUAAUGACGAAAAUGAGAAUUAAAAGGGACCCGAUUUUGAAGCUGGGGAUGAGAUGCAUAGGUGCUGUAGUUGUCGAUUAUCCCAAUUAUGAUUAUUUUUUAUUGAAAACUUCGGAAUAGACACAUAUAUGUUAAUGUUAGGAACGGCGCUCUCAUUUUAUAAAUGGUACUGAAUUUAUUCCUGAACAGUACUGUGACAGAAUUACCAGUUGAUGGAGAUUUGUUUAAAUUCAACUCAUGACGAAAUGAAGAGUAAAAUAGCUUUGGCACCUGAUGUUUCCAUGCGAUAUUUAUGCUUAGAAAUGAAUAUCAUGAUAAUGGUAUAUCUUGAUCAUGCUGAGGACUAGUGACAUAUAGAAUUAUGUGUCAAUAAAAUUAUAAAAAACAAUGUGUCAAAAAUGUAAUAUCAGUCGUCUUAACAAUAUCCAUUUUAAAAAAUAAUUUUAAAAAAGGGGGCGCAAUAUAACAAGAGGGUAUUAAAAACUAUUAAGUUGAAGGAAAACGAAAAGACGAACAAGUCCACAAAAUACUACAUCGAAAACUUACGAAUGACCACCACGAACCCUUCAAUGACUUGGUCAUGUCACAAUCAACAAAAGAGAUCGGAAUUGUGGUGACCACGUUUGGAACAACGUUUGGUGUCAUCUGUAACACAGAUAUUUCAUAAUGGACAACCAACUCAUGAUGACAUCCGUAAAUCAUUAGACAGAAUACCUUUAAAUUUAACACUUGAACCCCUUUGUUCAAUAGCUUCAUUGUAAUUAGCAAUCCUAUUUCAAUACAAUCAUGAUAGGCAACGCAA